UACGUGUUUCUGUGGUUCUGCUGCUUCGGUUUGCUGCGUCACGUCACCUCCCUGCAGCGGCUGCUCCUCUGCUCCUCUCCGGGCUUUUAAUAAACGGCUGUUGGCCGCAGAAUCCACCGAGGCUAACGGUUAGCAUGGUCAGGCUGGAAUGUCAACAAGCCGUCGGACUAGCCCCGGCUAGCUUUGCUAGUUUGGCUGCGGGGUCUUGUUGCUAAAGCCGCCACACAGUGACACAGUUUCAUGUCCUGUCGCAUGAAAGUUUGCAUUUAGAAACCCGAUGCCUGUUUCGGUUCCUGUUUAACUUCUGCUGUGAAGCAGUGGGAGCUCAGUGUCACAGGAACCCCCGACGCAGCAGUUUGAGGAGAGUUUAUCCUGCAGCAUGUUUGUUGUUUGUGGUCUGAUCCUGACUCGCCCUUCUUCCUUCUGUGGCGUAGGACUCACACGUCACCUGAUACGUAGCUCACUAAAUCAAGGCUGUCAUUUAGCAUUGUAAUGCUCCGAUCAUGUGUGAAAACUACUGUAUCAUGUUGUAAAGAACAAGGUAGGGUUGUGCAGCCCAGAGCUAGCCUCCAGCCUCCAGCCACUCAGCCAGAGACCUUUGGCAGACAUCUUGGUCAUUCACCCCUGUCACUGUGUUCCUAAAACUAGUCAACCAUUACACAUCUGUCAUUUAUUGGCAGAAAGGUUCUUUGAGGUUCAAAUGUUGCAAGGACAGGUUUUCUGUACUGCAUCAAUUAGCAGCAUCAAACCCUGGGUUAAAUCGACCCUGGUCUGCCACCUGGUGUGGAGGGCUGUAACCCAGCGAGGAGGAGGGCUUUCUGGGUGAGAGGAAGAGCAUUAUGAGCGGGAAGAGCCUGCUGCUGAAGGUGAUCUUGCUGGGGGACGGCGGAGUGGGCAAGUCCUCUUUGAUGAACCGCUAUGUCACAGACCGCUUCGACUCCCAGUCCUUUCACACCAUCGGUGUGGAGUUCCUCAACAGGGAUCUGGAAGUGGACGGGCGCCUGGUCACUCUCCAGAUCUGGGACACGGCGGGUCAGGAGCGCUUCAAGUCCCUGCGCACGCCCUUCUACCGUGGGGCCGACUGCUGCCUGCUCACCUUUGCUGUGAAUGACUUGCAGAGCUUCCAGAACCUCGGCUGCUGGAAGAAGGAGUUCAUGUACUACUCAGAUGUUAAAGACCCCGAGCGCUUCCCCUUCGUGGUGCUUGGCAACAAGGUAGACAUGGAGCAGAGGGAGGUGGGGGUGGACGAAGCACGGGCCUGGUGCGAGGAGAGCGGAUGCUGUCCUUACUUUGAGACCAGUGCUAAGGAUGACACUAAUGUCACAGCUGCAUUUGAGGCAGCUGUCAGGGAGGUUCUUGCUGCUGAGGACCAGAUUGACCAUGCACUACUGAGUAGUACUAUAGAUCUCCAUGGCAACCGCAAAGCCUCUCGCGGGUCUUGCUGCUGAUUGGUCAGGUGUGAAUUCACGAUGUCUUAACCUCUCUGGCUGAAACUUGCCUGAGGCAGUUUAAAGAGCCAGUCAUGUAUUGUUUAUGGUACACAUGCUGUAGGUACAAGGUACUGAUAACAGUAUCCACUAAAGAUUAUAUGGAUAAGAUACAGCGGCUCUAAGGAGGGCGGGGUCAAGGACCUAAGCUGGCGUCUAGAUUGUUGAAUUAACAAACGGUACAGGCACACUGCAACAGGCACACUCAUCCUUUCUACUCUGUCUGCUUCCAAUGGUGUUGCACAAGAACAUUUUUACCCAGCUUUGUCUGCCUAUGCAGGGCUUUUAUCAACGAGUGCUUUCACAGCAUUUAUUUUAAUCAAAAAUAAUUACAAUUUUAAUUAACACAGUGGAAGAGAGACGAUACCAGUCCUCUACUGAAGAGCACACUCCACAGCCACUCAACUAUUUGUCCAUGAGCUGAUUUUACACAGUUUUAGAAGGACUGAAUACAACAUAGCCUUCUCUUUUUAUCAGAUAUGUUAGCGGUUGCUGGGGAGCCUGUGCAUUUUCUCGAUCCAUGCAGAUCCUGUGAUUGAGAACUCCUGACAUCAGUGUGAUGACCAAUAUGAUUCGAGGUACUUGGAAGAUUGAUGCACUUUUGUCUUUAAUAAGAAGGGAAUUAUUUAUUAUUAUUUUGCAGCUCUUGCUUCAAACAUCGGGUACGGGCUAAUGAGGUGCUCUUAUUCAUUUGAUUGUUAGAUCUAUUAACACUGCUGGGGGUCGACCGAUAUUGUUUUUUUUAGGGCUGAUAAAGAUUAUUAGUAGUUGAGAAGACCGAUAACUACAUAAUAUAUAGGCUACAUUUGCAGUAAUGAUUUAAAUCUUAUUGUCCAAAUGUAGAAUAACACAACACAAAACUACUGCUACACAAAGUCAAGGUACAACUGCUGUGGUGUCCAGUAGUUUUGAUUAUUUUGUUUACCCCAUUUAUAUCGAUAAAGCUUUAGGCUAAUUACCGGAAACGCCUCUCUGUCCAAAGCAAUACAACUCAGCAUCACCAAACUCAACAUCUUCCAGAAUGAUCAAACAGUCUAAAACAAUUUUGAUAAAAAGUGUCAAGCACGAAAAGGUUUAUUUGAAGACUGUCGUAUUAGACUGCAUUAGUUUUAGCUUUAUAUUUGUAAUUUUCAGUUGUAUGCACAGGAUGUAAAGUUCCAGAAUGGACUUAAUUAGUUCCUCUCUGUGUGGAUCUCGAUGCCUGGUAUCCUAAAAAUGAUCUCUAACUUAAUCAUUUAAGAUUAUGUUAUUAUUUUACCCAUACCCCUUUUAAAAUGUAACUCAUUAAUAUUUACCCAGAGUACCGUUCAAUUGACUUUCAUUCUACUUUUGUCUGAGGACAUUUUAACACAAAUUAUUUUUCCUCUCCCAGAGUAAAAUCUCUUUAAGGUAACAUUAGUGAGUUUUCAUCUCACUGUUUUUGCUGUUUUCUUCAUUACAGUGCUAAUUACCUGCUCUACAUUUAAACAGUUUUGCUCAAGCACUUAUAGCUCUCUACUUUUUCUCGACUUUCUCAUUAAUUCCACAGUUGAUCACUCUGUGUUCAGAUCUACAAGUUAUUGAGCGAUGGCUCCCUCUCACUCUCUCACCCUCUCUUGCUCAGUGUGUCUUGGGUGGAUCAACAAAUGAACUUGUUAAUUAGAUUGUGAUGGUUUUGCAUCUUCAGCGAAGAGGAUUGUGAUGUCGCAACCUCUGCAAAAUGCUGCCUUACCUUCGACAGCUCGGAGCGCGCACCGCAGCUGCUCUAGUCUAUAGGUUCGUCUUUGCCCGUCUGUACCUUCAGUUUUAUAGGUUAUUACUUGUGACGUGUAACCAAUCGGUGAUGUGGGCGGGACAUUGCUAGAGACCACAAAGUGCUGAUGACAGACAGGAAGCGGCGGCUACAUCAGAACAAAAGUAGCACAUUUUUAUUAGCAAAAAGAUUCUGAUAAUCGUUAAAAUGCUAAAAAGGCCAAUAUUCAGUCGACCCCUUCACUGUGUAGCUGCAGGCACCAGACCUAUGAGCCAGAUAUCAGACCAUAUUUAGUUCUUGAUUUAUGUUUAUGGACCUUUUUACUAUUAAAGGUUUAGCAAAUCUCCAGUAAACAAUACUGCUGUUGUUGUUAAACUGCUGUUAAGUUUUCUGAGAAGCACAUUUCCAUCCUUUAAUGUUUUUUUCAUAGUUUAUUCAUCUGAUAUUUACAUAAGGCAUCUGUUUUUGAUCAGCGGCUGAUGAAAGUUGGUGUUUCCUGAUAUGUAGGUGAGGUUAUAAUUAUUUUCAUAGUCACGGCAUGUUUGUAAUCCUGCGUCUGCCUCUGCUGGUUGCGUGACUGGACUUCACUUUGCAGUCCUUCAGCUUUACUGAUAUAACCGAAGCAACACACACACACACACACACACACACACACACACACACACACACACACCUUGUGCUGUCACUCCGGUCACUCCUUGUCUCAGCUGAAUGUGAGAUAGCAUGAGCACUAUGAUAAUGCCGUUACUACUAAUGUGUGUGUCGCCUCUCCUGUCCAUUCAUACAGCACCGUGUGAAACUUGCAUCUGACUUUUCGGAGAACUUGAUGAAAACUUGUGUUUAUUUGAUCGGUACAUUAUUUUUAUUUCAGUGUUCUUCUAACAGACCGGUUUAUUUACCACGGGUGCACUUGAACCUUUGGUUUUAGCUGCUGUUGCCCAGAGGGCAGUGCUUUUUGCCUGUGUUUUUUAAAAAUAAUAUUCAAACUGAGUUACAGACGGUUUCAAUAGAAUCUCUUCAGUAUUUCAGUUGCUGCUUGAACAGUAUUUUAUAUCUUCUCAAACAACCAAACCUGUUGCAUAAAUAAGAUCAAAUCGUUUGGUUGUCUGAAUGCACAAAGUCGCCAUGGUCUCUCAUUAUGGCUCCAUGUUCUCAUACCUUUUUUCUGUUGUGUUGAUGCUAUUGUGUAGUUUGUGUAGCACAUUUGCCUUUCAAGUAAAAAAAAUUGCAUCAUAUUUCAGUAUGACUGCUGACUAAUGGUGAACAUUACAAUAGUUUCACUGUGAAAAGGAACUUGGUCCAAUCAGGUACAGACUUAUUUACUUUAUUGCACGGUUCUUUGUUUUUAAUGUGGGUAAAUAGCUCGAGUAUAUGGUCAUUGUUAAAAGGUUUUAUAAGAUGUGAUUGAGCUUACGAGAAAGUUUUAUUAACUGUGAACUGAUUAGGGCAUUUUAACAAAGUGGAGCUUAAUCAAUUCAAAUAAAAAAUAAAUAAUCAGGGCUUAAAGUUAUUCAUUUUUCUGUGUUAAUGUUUUCUGGAUCGAACAAAAUACUUUGUCUGUUUACUAUAUUUUACCAUUUCAGUUUAUAACCUGUUCAGAUAAUGUAGCGUACCACAGUGUUUGCCUGAAAUGGAACAUACCUGAGAACCAGUCAGCUGGUAGCAUUACUCUACUACUCUAGUGUGUUGCUCUCAUGUUUCUGUCUUAUAUCACUGCAACCCAGUCUCAUGUCAGUAUUUCUUUUAAAUGUUGCUGUAAUAUUUAUGAAUGUAAAAAAUCUAAUUUCUUUGGGCUGUCUAAAUUAAUGGCUUAUGUAAAUUGCAAAGGGCAUUAAUUUGAUAAUUCUGUACAACAUGACAGUGAACGUCUGUUUCACCCUCGUCCCAUGAGUGCGAUUUAAGCUGAGUGAAAGUUUCCACUGUUUGUCUUGAUUCUGUGUUGAACUAAUGGACGACUUUCCUUGCUCCUGUUCUUUUGCACUACGGAGGAUGAGACCGGGUUGUGCCAACAUGCUGGCAAAGCGUCGAACACCCUCCAGUGCUUGGCUACAAAUAAAAACAUGCGGCAUACCAAAAGGAAA